CCGACAUCACUUUGACCAGAAGAAGAAAAUUAUCGGCGUUAGUGGUAUACACAUUUUUUAAUAAAGAAAAUAAAUUUAUAAAUAUUUUAACCAAAAAUAAUAAUAAAGUCAUACAAAAUGAUAAAGCAAGAAAUUCAAAAUAAUUCCCCUGAAAAAGAAAAUGGACAGGGCUCCAGACCAGCUGCAGAUGACCAUUUGCGUAAAAUGUUUUUGGGCGGUUUGUCACCCAAUUCAACAGAGGAUACUGUGCGCGCUUUCUACAGUCAAUUCGGUGAGGUCAUUGAUGUGAUUAUAAUGCGUGAUCCCACAACAAAACGUUCUCGAGGAUUUGGUUUCAUAACAUUUAAGGAUUCCGUCAUGGUUGACAGAGCACAGGAAUCCCGACCUCACAUUGUAGAUGGAAAAACCGUCGAUUCAAAACGUGCCUUGCCACGACCAGAAGUUGGUACAACAGAAGCAAAUUCUUCAGUUAAGAAAGUAUUUGUUGGCGGUCUUAAAGAGUAUCACGACGAACAAUGCCUCAAAGAACAUUUCCAACAGUUUGGCAAUUUAGUGGGCGUAAAGAUAUUAACAGAUAAGAAUACUGGACGUAAGCGUGGCUUUGCAUUUGUAGAAUUUGAUGAUUAUGAUUCAGUUGACAAAGCAGUAUUAUACAAAAAUCACACAAUCAAAUAUGUUCUAGUAGAUGUUAAAAAAUCAAACUAUAAACAAGAACAAGCUAAAAAAUUAGCUGCUCAACAGCAGGGCGCACCCAUUGGCAUGAUAUCCGCUGUGCAAGCAGCGCCUGGUGGUUAUCAACAGCAGGCAUCGGCAUACAAUCAACAAACAGCAUAUGGUUAUGCACCUGCUCCCAACUACAAUGGCUGGGGUUCGGGUUAUGCUCAAGCACCGCAAGCAGCUUAUCAACAGCCUGCCGCAUAUGGUGCCUACGCCGCUCCCCCACAAACAUCUUCUCAACCCCAAUGGAAUACAACAACGUAUGGUGCACCACAGGCAAGUUGGGGGCAAAAUGGUUACGCUGCACCACCCGCAGCCGUUCCCGUAGCUCCUGCAGCUGUGCCAGCAGCCAAUGGCUGGAAUACAUCGGCAGCAUCUCCAACAAAUAGUGCCCAAAACUUUGGCAGUUACCAACAGACAUAUAACGGUGGCCCCCAGAAGGCUGGUAGCUUGCAGGGUAAUCGUAUGAAUCCAUAUAGCGUGGCAGCAGCACCUACUUAUGGCAAUUAAGAUGUUUCUCUCUCUAUAUAUAUUUAUAAAUAUAUAACACUUAUUUAAGAAUGUAUUAGAAAAACAAGUCUCAUAAUUAAGAUCAUCUGAGUAAGGAGUGAGAUAAAUAACAGAAAAUUAAAACCUAAAACAUAAAAAUAAUUUUAAACAAAACAAAACAAAAAUCUAGUUGCUGAGAAUGAAAUUACUAUAAAGGACAAAUCUAUGAAUUAUAUAUUUAUAUGUAUUUAAAUAUAUAUACAAAUAAUUUUAUUCAUCACCAAUAUAUAUAUAUAUAUUAUAUACAUACUAUAAAUAUAAACAACUUUUAAACCACAACAAUAACAACAACAACGAUUAAAUCAUAAACAAUUGUUGCCAAUCUACCUAAAACUACUCUAAUUACAACAACUACAUACCAUAUCUAACCAUAUAUGAGAAGUAAUAUUAUAAAGAUCCUCUUUUUCGGAAAAAAAGUCAAUACCACGCCACUGCUGCUACCGAGUGGAAUGAGGAUGGGAAUCGUGAAACAAAAUUAAGGGAAAAGAGGAAAAAUAAAGAUGUUACAUCAGAAAAAAGAGCAAUUUUAAUUUAUAUUAUAUUGUAUAUUACAUACAUAUAUUUUUCAAUUUUAUUAUUACAUAAUUGCAUACAUACAUACAAUAUAUAUAUAUAUAUAUACAAUAAAAAAAAUAAGUAUAUAUUUCUAUAUUUAUUUUAUUUUUUAAAUUUGAAUUGAAUUUUUAUUUUUUUUGUUUUAUAUGUGCAACAAAGAUCCAACUAUUUUUAAUAUAAAUAAAUUCCAUAAUAUACUUAUGUAUAUAUGUAUGUGUGUAUAUUACAUUAAUGAAUUACUUGCUUUUAUUAUAUUAUUAUCCCACAUUAUGUUUAUUUUUUUCUACAUUUCCAUAUACACAUUUUUCAUAAUUGUGUUUAAAAGAAAUAUUAAAUAAAAUCAAUCAAUAAUUUUUUUUACCCCAACAUUUCAAUACUUAUAAUUAUAAUGUAUAACAUAUGAAGUAAAUAAAAUAUAAAUAAUUAUUAUUAAUAUAUCCAUA